GAUGUCCUCCGGCGGUGGGGGGCGUUGCCUCAGAGGACCUCUGAGGCUAGGCAGGGAGAGGGAAACAAGAGGGGUUGAUCAGCUGCAUGAAUCUCAGCCCACAAGCAACCUUUGCACGGAAUCAGAAGAAGCGUAACUUUGUGGCAGAGGGUUGCUCCCCUCUUCCUGGUGCUAUCCUGUCCUCGUUUCUGAAAACAUUUACCUUGCCCACCUCUGCCCUCUGGAGAAAUGGGCUUCAAGUGGAACAGUUGGCAUCUCCGUGGAGCUCUGAUCCUUUUGGGUAUAUUUUCUCUCACUGCCCUGAUUCUUAGCUUGGUGAGAAUCCACAAUGUUGCACAACCGUCUGAGAACAAGUAUGGCUUGGUGUUUGAUGCAGGUUCAUCACACACGUCCCUCUUUGUAUACCAGUGGCCGAUGGAGAAGGAAAACAAUACGGGCAUGGUUAGCCAAAUGUUCUCCUGCAAUGUCAAAGGACUUGGAAUAUCAAGCUAUGCCAGUAACCCUCCACAGGCUGGUGCUUCUCUGCAGGAAUGUCUGAAGGCAGCCAUGGAAGUCAUCCCUCCUGAAAGACAGCGAGAGUCACCCAUUUAUUUGGGAGCUACAGCUGGCAUGAGGCUACUCAGCAUGCAGAACAAGUCAGCAGCGGCGCAGAUUUUGGAGGCGGUCUCGCAAACUAUUCAGCAGUAUCCUGUGAAUUUCCAAGGGGCUCGAAUUAUCAGUGGGAAAGAGGAAGGCACGUUUGGCUGGAUCACCAUAAACUAUCUGCUGAAUUCUUUCACACAGUAUUCGGUAAAAGACCGAGGUUGGAUCCGGCCUCCGUCAGCCAAUAUCCUGGGAGCUCUGGACCUUGGAGGAGCCUCCACCCAGAUCAGCUUCAUCCCCGCCGGCUCUAUUGCAGAUCCGGCCCAAGCCGCGCAGUUCCGCCUCUAUGGGUUUGACUAUACCAUCUACAGCCACAGCUACCUGUGCUAUGGCCAGAACCAAGCCUUCCAGCGGGUGAUCUGGGCAAUUCUUGAUGGAAGCACCAGCGUUGAGGUGGAUCAACCCUGCUAUCCAAAGGGUUACAAAGAAACGGUGCAGAGAGCACCCAUCUAUAGCAACUCGUGUGUCAAGCCUCCCUCCCUGACCGCAUCCUCAGGGAACGUAACUCUGCUGGGCCAAGGCAAUUCCACCCUUUGUCGGGAAAGGUUCAGGAGCAUCUUCAAUUUCUCCGGCUGCCGAGAUCUCUUGCCCUGUGGCUUCGAAGGGAUCUACCAGCCAAAAGUCAAUGGGAAGUUCUUGGCCUUUUCUGCAUAUUACUACACUUUCCACUUUCUGAACCUAACAGAGACUCAGCCACUCGCCACUGUAGAGAGAACCAUUCAAACUUUCUGUGCCAGAACAUGGAAAGAUUUGAGCUCCAGUUACCCUGGUGAAAAAGUGUUCCACCUAAAGAAUUACUGUGGCAGUGCCAACUACAUCUUGACCCUUUUAUUGGAGGGUUACGGCUUCCGAAAUGACACGUGGCAAAACAUCGCCUUCCAGAUGCAGGCUGCCGAUUCUGAUAUCGGCUGGACGCUGGGAUACAUGCUCAACCUCACCAAUAUGAUCCCAGCUGAAGCCCCUCAACUGCUCAAGGGACACGAGGAAGGGAUUUGGGCCGCAAGCAUCUUCUUCAUCGUGGCCACCCUGGUUCUCUGCCUCCUCCUCCUCAUUUUGCAUUCUGUGCUGUGAGAGAGACCCCACAAGGACACA